AGAUAAGCGGCAGCGCUUGUAUUUCUAUGUGGGGCGUGUACGUCCAUGCAGCAGUCAUCGAGUCUCUAGUGGAAGAAGGAAAGGAAGAUUUGCCGUCUUCCAUCUGUAAAGACAAACCUUCCCAUUCUGGGAACGUUUGCUUUGAUGAGGACGCCGCUUUGUUUCUUUGUGGGACGUCAAUCAGGACCCAACUAGCAAAAUACACCAACCGUUGUUUUUUUCCUGUCAUUCCUCUCUUAACGUGUUUCUCUUGCUCGUUCGUAGUAAAAAAGGAACUGGAAGUAAAACUGUUGAGUAAAAGAAUUGACAGCAGCUAGCUAGCUAGCUAACCUUCCAAACCACUAAACGAUGAAUCAUUUUUGAUUGACAGCUGGAUGCUGUCUUCCUGCCCACGGACAUUCGCACAAAUAACACGACGUUUGUCUUCUGCUGGUCCUCCGGCAGACUUCUUCGGUGAUUUCUGGUCUGUUUUUAUUUUGUUGCGGGUGUCUCGCCGCUGCUGUUAGCUCGUCGUCCCCCUGAGGUUAGACAGCUCCACUUUGAAGCUCGCUGUGGACAAAGGACAAGGACACUUCAUAGAAACAUUGACAGCUGUGGGAAAGGACGGCGAGGACAAAGGGACUGACAUGAUGUUUCCACAAUCAAGACACUCAGCUUCAUCGCAGCAGCUGAAGUUCACCACGUCUGACUCGUGUGACAGGAUCAAGGAUGAGUUCCAGUUCCUCCAAGCACAGUACCACAGCCUCAAGCUCGAGUGUGACAAGUUGGCCAGUGAGAAGUCAGAGAUGCAACGUCACUACAUCAUGUACUAUGAGAUGUCCUACGGCCUCAAUAUUGAGAUGCACAAACAGGCUGAGAUCGUGAAGAGAUUAAAUGGAAUCUGUGCACAAGUCCUCCCAUACCUGUCCCAGGAGCACCAGCAGCAGGUCCUGGCAGCCAUUGAGAGGGCCAAGCAGGUCACCCCCCCAGAGAUGAACUCCAUCAUCAGGCAGCAGCUUCAGGCCCACCAGCUGUCCCAGCUCCAGGGCCUGGCCCUCCCCAUGACCCCCCUGCCGCUGGGCCUGAGCCAGCCGAGCCUCCCCGCCGUCACCACCUCCUCCGGCCUCUUCUCCCUCUCCUCCCUGCUGGCCUCCCAAGCGCAGCUGGCCAAGGAAGAGAAAGCGUCGCGUGACGGCGCCGACAGCCACCGCGAGGACGACGGAGACAAGUCUGAUUAGGCGUCAUUGGAAGCUCUUGUUUUGAUGUCCUGGUCUUGCCAGAGCUCCAAGAUAUCACCUGACUUGAAACAAUCUCUUCCUGGGAGGACUUAGCUUCUUCCUCGCAUCCUUUCUCUUUUUAUACUGAAUGUUUUCUCUCUUUUGAUGACCAAGCUUCACCUUGUGUAUUCCACUCUCCUCCUCUCGCCUCUCUGCUACCUACUCGGACGUCUGCUCGUGCUGCAUUCCACGCCGCUUGGCAGUAGGAAAUCUCCCACUUGGAAGCGGCCAUGUUGAAAGUCAACCAAACCACAUUUGGCUCUCUGCAACACUGGCAUGGAAACAGGAGCUCAGAACAUUCAGACAACCCUUUUUAUGCCUGAUUGAUUCAGAAGCGUUGGGAAACGUCGUCGACACUGCCACCCCAUUGGUCAACCCCCACCACCCCCACCCCCUCCUGCCCCCACACACAUAGUUAUUGAUAAAAAAUGAAUAAUAAUGAAUAUUGCAUAAUAAAAUAUAUAGAAAUGAAUUAUAAGAAUAAACAACAUUACAUAAAAAAAGAUUGAAAAUUUACAAUAUUGCAUAAUACAAAUAUAGAGAUAUCUUUUCUAUAUAUUUUUAUGUAGAAAGGAAUUAUGUAAAAUUAUAUACAUUGAAAAAUGCAAACAAAAUUAUACUAAAUAUAGAAAUUAAUUAUCUAAGUUAUUAAUUUCUAUAUAUUAUAUAGAAAUAUAGCAAUUAAUUUGUAUAUGUUUUAUUAUGCAAUAUAUUAAUUUCUAUAGAUAAUUUAUCAAUUUUUAUUAUGCUAUAUUUAUUUUAAAAUGUUUUUGGGACAAACAAAUAAAUAUUGCACAAUAAAAAUAAAUACAUAGCCUUCUCCUGUCAACAUCAUCUAAUGAGUGCAACAACUCCUCCCACCAGUUGAUGAUGAUAUCCACCUGCCAAAUAAUCCAUUCCAGUGCUGUUAGAAAGCCAAAACACAGCAAAGCCCCGACGCUGUAGGGCAGCAUGAGCGCCCCCGCGAGUGGAAGUGCCCCGUGUGAGUGCGCCGCCAUUUCCUGCUUCCCACUGGAGCAUUUCCACCUCAAAUCUGGAGACAUCUUUACACCCAAAGCUGCUUUCACACAACCCUUUCCCCGCCUUUUGAGGAAACGCCUGUGUGAAAGGGGCCGCCACAACGCUGUCUGAUUGCCACGUGGACAAAUGCCAGAUUGUUCCCCAGUUUUCACUGGAAGAAGCACCUUAGUACAAUAUACAGGAAAGGGUUGUUGUGCGUGCUGGCCAGCAGAGGGCAGCAAAGAAAAGCUUGGAACGAUGACAUCUUGGAUUCCCGGCCAGUGUGGAUGUUGAUCUCCUCCCCCGUCCACGUGGCACCAGUGCAUGCAUGGUCUGCAGCAAGAGUCUCUUUUUCUUCUCGGCAGCGGUUUCUUUUCCUGGCAGGAAUGUUAUUCUGUGUGGAUGUGAGUUAGGGAAUGCCAAACAGGAUGUCUUUGUUGUAGCUGGAGGUUCUAUACGGUACACACACUAGAGCUUUGUCCAUAUCAAUGCAUCCUCUUCUGGAGCGUUCUUGUGCUGUCGCAAUGUAAAGCUCUUUCUUUUCUCGUUUUCUAAAUACUUUGUGUAUAAUGUACAACCUGGAAGUGAAAUUGUUUUGUGUCUGCAUUGAAACAAGUUAUUAAAAAAAGCAAACUAUGAGAAGUACAAACAGACAUUUUAUGUGAAAUAUGUUCUGCAGUGAAGACGAAGGACUUCUGGUGCCUUACGAAUAAAGUCAAUCAAGUCACACACACAACGUCCUUCACUGCUUUUCUUUCCCACGAUAAAAACCCAACCUGUUUGCU